AUGUCUCGAUACUCUGCUGCCCAUGCAAACCCUCAGGGCCCCACAGACGCCCGGCCAACUGCCAUGCAAAUUAUCCAAGAUGAGCAAAUGCAAGGCAAGCUUGUCGGCAAAGUUGUGGUUAUCACCGGCGUUUCCUCGGGUCUAGGUGUUGAGACUGCUCGUGCUCUCGCAGCAACCGGAGCAACUCUAUACAUGACCGCAAGAGACCUGGACAAGGCCAAGACUGCUCUCGGAGACAUCUUCGAUCCCUCCCAAAUGGACCUGGUCCACAUGGAUCACACGUCCCUAGAGAGCGUGCGAACCGCCGCUCAAAGCAUUCUUUCCAAGACAGACAAGAUCACCAUUCUCAUCUGCAAUGCUGGAGUAAUGGCCGUCAAGGACCUCCAGCUCACGGUCGAAGGCUACGAGCUUCAAUUCGCGACAAAUCAUCUCGCGCACUUUUUGUUCUUUGAGCUGCUGAAACCUGCGUUACUGGCGGGUUCUUCGUCGGAGUUUCAAUCACGUGUGGUCAUCGUGUCUUCUUCGGGUCAUAGGACGAUUCGAGGAUUGGGGCCUUCUGACAAUUACCACUACCAGAAAGGCGGCUAUGAUCCUCGAGAAGCAUAUUCGCAGUCAAAGACUGCGAAUGUGUACAUGGCGAAUGAGAUCGAGCGCCGGUACGGAUCCCAGGGGCUGCACGCGACCAGCUUGCAUCCGGGAGUUAUUGCCACUCCGUUGGGAAGACAUAUGUCCCCAGAGGAAAUUGAGGCGCUUUUAACGAAUCCGAUUGUUCAAAUGUUCCAGAAAAGUCCUGAGCAGGGGGCCGCGACUACCGUUUGGGGCACUGUGUCCAAGGAACUGGAAGGCAAGGGUGGCCUCUUUCUGGACAAUUGUGCAGUAGCUGAGCGAGGGGACUAUGAUGAAAACCCCUUGAGUGGAAAUGCGGUGCCUCAUACAUACUGCCCACAGGACGAGGCUCGACUAUGGAAAGAUUCGUUGGAGAUGGUCGGAUUGUCGAGUGAGGAUUGA